CUCUUUUUCCGCGGUCUCCAGAACCGUUCCCAGAAGAAGAUGAAGCUGCGAAAGAGAAAAUCGACCUUGUACCUCGGUCCCCAGAAGAGCACUGGGCGCCGCAGAGGUCUGCUUUGAGAGUAGCAUGGAGAGGCCAGAGUUCACCAGUGAGCCUGAACAGAGCCUGAGCAAGCCACCAACCAGAGCAGCAGAUUUUAGUUCUCUAAGUGGAACUUACCUGACUUCUGUGCCACAUGUACCUGUUUUUUUGCUUUUUGUUUUUUCAGAUCUUCUUGGUGAAAACACUUCUCUGGUCUUGUUUACCAUAGCAUUAAGAAUAUGUAACUGCUUUUUAGUCCAGACAAGUUUUGUUCCAGAUGAAUACUGGCAGUCUCUUGAAGUUGCACAUCACAUGGUUUUCAAUUAUGGUUAUUUGACCUGGGAAUGGACAGAAAGAUUGAGGGGUUACAUAUACCCCUUAAUCUUUGCAAGCAUUUACAAGAUUCUGCAUCUUUUGGGGAAAGAUAGUGUUCAGUUACUGAUUUGGAUUCCUAGACUCGCCCAAGCACUUCUGUCUGCUGUGGCAGACUUGAGGCUUUACUCAUUAAUGAAGCAACUAGAAAAUCAGCAAGUGGCAAGAUGGGUGUUUUUUUGCCAGUUGUGCUCUUGGUUCACAUGGUAUUGCUGUACCAGAACUCUUACAAACACCAUGGAAACUGUUCUCACUGUAAUUGCUCUUUUCUACUAUCCUUUGGAAGGGUCAAAGUCCAUGAACAGUGUCAAGUACUCAUCCUUGGUGGCACUUGCCUUCAUAAUCCGUCCCACAGCUGUCAUUCCAUGGAUACCUUUGCUGCUCAGACAUUUCUGGCAAGAACAGAGAAAGCUUGAUCUUUUUCUACAUCAGUUUUUACCUAUAGGAUUUGUCACUUUCAGUUUGUCUCUGAUAAUCGAUCGUAUAUUUUUUGGUCAAUGGACUCUGGUUCAAUAUAACUUUUUGAAAUUUAACGUGCUGCAGGAUUUGGGAACAUUUUAUGGUUCUCAUCCCUGGCACUGGUACUUCAGCCAAGGAUUUCCAGCUGUCCUGGGUACUCACUUACCCUUCUUUAUUCAUGGCUGCUUUCUAGCCUCAAAGAGGUACAGGAUAUUUUUGGUGACUGUGCUGUGGACACUGCUAGUUUAUAGCAUGCUGAGCCACAAAGAAUUCAGGUUUAUCUAUCCAGUUUUACCAUUUUGUAUGGUGUUCUGUGGGUACUCACUAAACCACCUGAAAACAUGGAAAAAACCAGCUCUAAGUUUCCUGUUUUUAUCCAACAUGCUCCUCGCCCUCUAUACUGGUUUAGUUCAUCAACGAGGUACUCUUGAUGUCAUGACUAACAUUCAAGAACUCUGUUACAACAAUCCAAAUGUAUCUUCAGCUUCAGUAUUUAUAAUGAUGCCGUGCCACUCUACUCCUUAUUACAGCCAUGUCCACUACCCACUUCCAAUGAGGUUUCUCCAAUGUCCCCCAGACCUGAGUGGAAAAAGUGAUUAUCUUACUGAAGCAGAUAUAUUUUAUCUAAAUCCCUUAAAGUGGUUGUAUAGAGAGUUUCACAAUGAUUCAACACUGCCUACUCACUUGAUCAUCUUCAGCGUUUUGGAAGAGGUAAAGGAACAUGAAAAAAAGGAAAUAAGUCCUUUUCUAAUUUCAAGUAACUAUGAGAGAACUGCGGUUUGCUUCCACACUCACUUGCCGGAGGAUCGAACUGGAAGUCACAUAUACGUCUAUGAACGGAAGUUAAAAGGGAAACUCAACUAAAGAUGAAAUUCUGAACUGUUUAGAUCUUUCUCAGACAAACAGGCAAUGCUAAAGCAGGAAUAUUCAGAUGCUGCUUAAAUAUGCUAGUAAAUACUGGGUAAGAUUCAUGGAACCAGCAAAAAACCACUGUGAACUGCUUUACCAAAUACCACUACUAAGGAAAUGUAUGAAAAAAAUCACAAAAUAUAAAAUCAUGUUAUUAAUACAACGCCAGAUUUUAAAUAAAGACCUUUAGUUUUCCUCA